AAAACGGAAACGAAAUUGCUAUUAUAGCAAAGUACAGCAGCAUAGCACAAUUACAAACUACUACACUUACGAUUACCGUAUUGAAAAGGCCAUGAUGAUUAAUAUGCAGCAAAAGGUUAACGAAGAGAAAAUGAUUAUAAUUUAUAAAGGAAUAAUCUAUGGGAUAGAUAUUCAUCGCAAAGCUAUAGAGUUCUCUCAAUUUUUCAUAAGGGACUUUCAGGGAUCAUUCUUCUUUUUAAUAGUGACCGGUGUUAUUUCCUUAAGCACCUGCCUUGUUUGUAUUGUAUCCGUUGAUAAUAUUGAGGAGGCUUUUCCUUUUAUUAUAAUAUUGUUUACUCUGAACACAUAUUUGCUCAUGUCUAACUACGUUGCACAAGAAGUUACUGAUCACAAUAAUCACGUAUUUACUACUGUAUAUAACGUUCAAUGGUAUGUAGCACCUUUACGCAUACAGAAAAUGUUAUUGUUUCUGUUACAAAGAGGUACUAAAGCUUUUAAUUUGAAUCUCGGUGGGUUGUUUGUGGGAUCUUUAGAAUCCGCAGCCACGAUACAAUAUUUGUUGGAACAACUGCAGCAUAUUUAUAAUGAAUUAACUGAUGAAAACGAAAUCAUAAUCAUAGAAAAAUAUGGUUACUAUGCAAAAUGUUAUACAAUUACAUUUACAUUAAUGUUGACGUCUGUUGCAUUCGCUUUAAUCUUGUACAAUCAUUGGCCGGACGCUUGCCAUAUCCUCUUUUACACAAAUGGAACUUGGUCACAUCGUUCUUUGCCGUACAUGACCGAAUAUUUUAUGGAUAAAGACAAAUACUUCCAUGUGAUAUUGUUUCACGCGAACGCAACUUUCGUUGUAGGAGGUCUAUCAGUAGUAGCGACAGGAUCUAUAUUAGUAGUUUAUGCACAGCAUGCAUGCGGAAUGUUUCAAAUUGCCUGUUAUCGUAUUAAACGAGCAAUGGCAUUCGAGAAUUUACAAAAAAGCAACUUAGAAAAUAAGAAUUUGAUAUGUAAGGGAUUAAUUUGUGCCGUGGAUAUGCAUCGUAAAGCUAUGACGUUCGCUGACUCAAUUGCAAUUAAAUUUGAAACAGUAUUCUCCAGUUUCAUAAUAGUCGGCGUGGUUUGCGCAAGUCUCAAUUUGUAUCGAAUGUUUCAGAUAAUAUUAUUUGGAUACAAUACAGUGGAACUUUUUAUACGCUUAUCAUAUGGCAGUGUCCAAUUGUUUUAUGCACUCAUAGGCAACUAUCUCGCGCAAGAAAUUAUAGAUAACAAUAAUAAUAUAUUUGUAACUAUAUACGACGUCCAGUGGUACGUUGCUCCGUUGCAAAUACAAAAAAUGAUACUGUUUGUUUUGCAAAGGAGUGCUAAGCUGUUCACGUUGAAAACUGGUGGAAUAUUUGUCGGAUCAUUAGAAGGUGCUGCUACAUUGAUCAGCACUACAGUAUCCUAUUUCACAGUUCUUUAUUCUCUACGGAAUUGAUGCAAAACAAAUAAUAGUGCAGCAGAAUUAAAAUAGUGAAGAAAAUAGUUGAUAUUUAAACGUAAUUUAUAUGCUAAUAUCUAGAAAUGGUUUUGAUAAUCUGGAUGGAAUUGUAAGGACUUUUAUAUCUACGACAAUGCAAAUAUAUGAAGUUGUGUUUACGGAAAGUUAUUAAUAAUAAAUUAAUAGCUGAUAAAUCUAUGUGUAAGGCUGAUUCAAUUAUCAUUUAUCUAAAUGUUUAAACAACACUUAUAAGUGCACGAAUCCUAAAAUGAAUAAAAUGAAACG